CUCCGUAUCAGCUCGCGCGACCUGGAAGCUUGGAGGGCCUUUUUUUUUUUUUUUUUUCCCCUGAAACCCGACUCACGGUCACGGACAACACUCUGCCCUGAGCUAACGGGGUGUUUUAAUCGUUUUUACUGCCUGACGUCCUCCGAAAACGGACUCGGGGCGUUUAUCUAACUACGAGAGGCGUCUCGAGCUGAAAAGUUGUCGGUUGGGGUGAACUUGUCCCGACUUGUUGUGGUCGGAUGUUAGCGACGAAGAGGAGCGAAAGCGGAGGAGUGAUCAUGUUGCUCCGGUUUCUCUCCUGACCUAGAUCCAUCUGAUUUCUCUCCAGACGAACCGGAACAGGAGGCCGAACAAAAGUUUUUUAAAGGGGUUUAAAGAUGGCAGAGGCUCGGUCAGAGGGAGAGGAGACGAACCUGCGGAGGAGGGAUACUCGCGAACAAGUGGUCCGAAGACAGCCGAACAGCUCCGGAGCUCGCCCUGACAGACAUAAGCCAGAGCACCGUCACAGCCAGGGCCCUCUCUCUUCCAUCAGAGCCGUCAUCAAGAGGACCACCAGACCAAUUUCUGUCAUAGAGACCCCGAGAGAUCCAGCCAGGGACAGGGACCGGGAAAGAGAGAGGGACCGGGACAGAGAUCGGGACAGAGAGAGAGAUCGGGAUCGGGACAGAGAGAGAGAUCGGGACAGAAGGCGACCAGAGAUCACCAUCCUAUCAGCCGAGCCGCUGCCCUCCACUUCCUGGUUUCCUGGGGUUGCUGCAGGAAUUCCCCCCCCUCCUCCUCCUCCUGCACAGAUCUGGGGACCCACAAUCCAUCCGUCCGUAGAGCCUCCACCGUCCUAUGAGGAGGUGAUCAGAGAAAAGACACAGGAGCAGGUUCUCCUCCCUACCUCCAGCUCUCCAGUCUCAAGAACAACCAUCGCCAUUCAGACUGACCCAAGACCGGACCCGGAUCCUGAGGAGGCCCAAAAAGAAAAACCAGCGAAACCCCCCCGACCGCCACUCCCCGACCCUCUAAAGUCCUCUAACGUCGAUGACAUCACCAGUGCUGCCAGCCAAUCAGCAGCCCUCUCUUCUGACGCUGACGGCGUGGCUACACACACACACUCUGAGGAGAGAACACACACCUCCACUGGAUGCAGUGACCUCCUGGCUGACCUGUGUUUGCCUCUGACGUCCACCUGUGGGGCUCAAACCGACCAAUCAGUUCAGAGUUCCUCUGCCCCUGCUGACGCCUCGCAUGUCCCAGUGGAGCGUCCAAGGCCCCGCCCACGCCCUCGCACUAAGCUGGGCCGCCAGCUCAUCAGAAACGAGGUCAAAGUUCAGACUUUGGUGAAACUGCGAGAAGACGGUUUGGCUACUUUAGCAGCUCAAGCUAGCAGCAGCAGCAGCUCCAAGCAGGGGGGCGGUCAGGGGAAGUACCUUCAGGAGCUGCUGGAGGCCUUCAGCUCAGACGACUGGGGCUUCCCGGAUCACCGUAGCGACAGCAGUGAGCACAGCCAAUCAGAGAGUGAGGAGGAGGGCAUCGACGACAUGGCAACCCUGAGAGCGAGGAUUCAGAUGUUUGAACAGCAGGUGGCUGAUGGGAGCUGUGGGGACGAUAACGACAGACAAACUGGUACCAGUGAAGACAUUGCUGUUGGAAAACGUCCGGAACCUCGACCUCGGUCUCGUCUCCAGGGGCAACUGGCCAAAUCCGUCCCUCCUGUCACUGCCCCAAAACCCAAAAGCAUCUCGCCUGUUCCCAAACCCUCCAACAAGGAAUUCUGGGAAGGUGAAGAUCUGACAGCUGGAGCUCCAACCGGUACAAAACCAUCAGAACCCAGACCUACCAAACCCUCCAUAGCACCAAAACCACAAUCCGUCUCACCUCCUCCUCCUCCUGUCGCUGUCCCCGCAGCGAGACCACCUCCUCCUAAACUCACCCCCUCCCUACCAAACCCCACAGCCCCCCCCAGACCGUCUGUCACCCCCAGAGUCAGCCUGGGGGCUCCUCUCCAGGACGGGAGCACCGUGGAAGUGGGAGGUGGAGCAGAACCGCUCGCUGCGACCCAAACGGUGACAGGAGGAAGUAGCCAGACUAAACCAGCAACUCUGACUUCUGCUCGCAGAUUCAGCGCUCCAUGUCUGGCUCCUAAAACCAUCUCAGUCCCACCAACACAGCCGGAUCCACACCCGGCGAGUGUUUCUACCCCCGGACCAACGCCGACCCCGCCCGCGAGGAGAGUCUCCGUCCUUCAGGCCAACGUUGACCCAACGUCCCCAGAUGCUCCUUCUCGCUCUAAGCCGCUUCCUCUUCGUCCUCCACCAAUAAAAUCUGCCCCUGAGAGACCGCCCCCCCCAGCCAUCAAUUCAGCACCCUCAGCCAAUCGGAUCGCGGUAUGCAAAGCCACGCCCACUGCUGACCAAUGUUCUCAAACAGCUGCAUCUCCUCCAGCUGGUUCAGCAAAUCAGACGCAGAAGGCAGCUAAAAGAGGCCCGCCCCUGCCGCCCCGCCCUAAACCUGGACACCCUCUCUACGACAGCUACAUGAAGCAGGAUGUCCUGAUCGUCCUGGACGACCCACCUCCUACACCUUCUGAUGAAGGCGGGGUUCAAACCACCACCACCCCUCUCAUCAACCCGUCCCAGGGCCUCCUCGACCAGGACACACAGCCGAAAACAGCAAAGGACGAGGACAUCCGGUCUAAACCCGCUCUAGAUGUCCUGUCAGACCAGCAGUCCAUUCUGUCUCUGCAGCCUGCUGAGCAGAAACAGCAGUCAGAGCCUCCUCCAGUCAGCGGCCCACGAUGCCUUGCUCUGUUUGACUAUGAAGGAGAGGAGGAGGAUGAGCUCACCUUCUCUCAGGGGGACGUCAUUGUCCUGCUGGAGAUCAUGGGUGAGGAGUGGGGGCGGGGCCAGAUCCACGGUCAAGCUGGAAUAUUCCCGCUCAACUUCACAGAUGUGGUGGAGCCCCUCCCAGUGAUGACACCAUCAGAGGAAUCAUUCAAACCAGAGUGGACGGAAGCUAUAAAACCUUCAGCUUUUCAGGAGUGGGCCGUAGCUCUGUUCGAUUUCCCUGGCCAGACAACAGAGGACUUGCCCUUCCACAAGGGGGCACUGAUUCAGGUCCUGGAGCACAUUGAUGCAGAGUGGAGGAGAGGAAGGCUGGAGGGGAGAGAAGGUCUUUACCCCGUGGCCUUCACACGACCCAGCCAGGCUCAGCCAAUCACAGACCAGCAUUCGGCCAUUAAAGGAACAGCUAAAGUUCUUCAGGAUGAGCUCACGCUGCAGGUCGAUGACAUCAUCAUACGGGCAGAGUCUCUGGAUGAGCAGUGGAUUCUGGGAGAUGUGGGAUUGUUCCUAAAAACUACAUUUCAGUUGAGGAGGAACUAUAACCCAUUCUGGUUAAACUGGUCUAACUGGUAACGACACACAGGGACUUUUCCUGUUUCUCGUUUUCAUCUCUAGUUUUUUUAUGGACACAAAUCUAUUCCAGUGUUUUUAGACUUUUUUUAAGGACUCGGCUCAGCCUGAUGAGAUUAGCCGAUGGAUGAAGAACCAGGAAGUGUGAGGUGUGGUGGACCACAUGGACAGCUGAGAUGAGCGGAGACAAAACCGUAGCUCCUUCUUACCGCCUGCUUCUCCAUCUGGACUGGACUGUUUUAUUUAAUGGACUGUUUAGUCAGCACUGGCCCAUCCGUGGACCCCAGCAGCACCCCCUCAUUUCAGCACUCGUGAAACUAUCAGCUGCAUGAUGGAACGGGUGAAAAAAGAACCUCCAGGAUGGAGAUCUAACAUUGUUCAUGUUUGCUCUUUUAUGCGUUUAUAAACCAUGACUCGUGUG